CGCCCCGCCCACCGCGCGUCCCUCUCGCCAAAGGGACGAACAGCAGCAGCGGCGACUGGCAGCGAACAACUCCGAGUCUGAAUAAAUCACAACCGAACCUACAACCGGAUCUUCAGCCGCUCCACUGCCCCUGAUGAUCAGCGCUCGUCCACGGGGAAAACCCCACAAAACAGCCGCUAAACAGAACUAGCAACCCGGUUCGGCCUCCGGUCCGCCCUAGUGUGUGUGUGUGUGUGUGUGUGUGUGUCAGUUUGUUUGUCGAGGGGAACUCCACAUACUGGAUCUUCUGAACUUUGUUAUUUUAUUCAUUUAGUCUGGAUUAAGGGAGUCUGUUGUGUGUAUUGAUGUGUUGAUGCACUGACACAAGCACUGACAUACACACACGCACGCGCGUACACAUACAUGCGCACGCGCACUGGUGUUGUUGUGGUGGUUCGGUCCAGUUUGCAGUCGUCUGGGCGUCUCAGUAAACACCGAACUCGCGUUUGUGUAGUUGGACCUGUAGUUUGAAUGGAUAUGUGACCCACACAAACAGACACUGGUUCGGUCCGGGUUCUGGUCUUGGAUCAGGAUGGAAAACCCUCAGAAAUCAGGUCCACUGGUGCGAGAUCUGACUCGAACCUUCAGCCACUACAACAAACACAUCGUCUUCCUGAAGAAGAACCUGAAAGAGACCACCGUGUUCUUCCGAGAGAUCCGUCAGAACCAGAGCAACACCUGCGCCAGCACACCUGGACCUGCUGCGGGUGUAGAGACAGGUCAGCUCAGCGGUAUCUCAUUCCCACGUCAGAAGGAAGAAACCCUGCAGAAUGUUGUUGGGAGCACACCCUAUAUUUUCAUUCUGGGUCAGGACUGUGCGGCCCGGUACCAACUCCUGAACUGUCUGCUUGGAGAGAGGCUCCUCCCACUCGGGUCGGAGGCAGGCAGGGCCUGUGGGCCGGAGGGCGGGGCCUGCCGGAGGAGGAAGUUGUGUUUCACACAUGGUCGUCAGAGGCGGUUGAGUUUGGCGUUGUCGGGUCAGUACGAGCUUGUGCAUCAGUUAGCGGCUCACUGCGGUCGCUGGGAUACGGUGCCGUCUGAAGACCUGGAGAUCCAGGAGUGUGAAGAUGAUGCGCUGCGAUCGGCUGAGCUCGAGAUCACGCUUCAUCAUCCACUGCUGCAGGAGGUGAAGAUCAUGGUUCUUCCGUGUCGUAAUGUGCAGAGUGUCGACGGCGCGCUGGUUGACCGCAAACGCGGAAUCCUUCCCAUAGUCCUCUACGCCGUCAACAAAGACGUGUUGAGUCCGCAGCAGGUGAGCGAUAUCCAGAACGUGCGUGAGAUGCUGUCGUUCCCCGUCUGCUUCAUACGGAUCCCGAGCGGCCUGGCAGAAUCCGCGUCCCCAGAACCGACCCGCGGCAGUGACCGCGAGCGAGAGCGCAGUGCGCUGUACAAACAGCUCGUGUCUCUGAAGCUCAUCAACACUUUGGCAGGACCUUGCGCGUGUGGAGCGCCUGCGCAGACGCCUGGCGGAUCCGGCAAGAUGCAGAGCAGUCUGGGAGAGAGUCUGGAGCGUCUGCACCGCGUGCUGGUGCCGUUCACGCGACUCGUGUUGCAGAAUCAGCAGGUGGAGGCCGCAAACAUGCUGAACGACGUUCACUGCAGCUCUCUGGAUUUCUUCAUCAACCAGGCGUUUGACAUGCAGCGAGAUCUUCAGAUAACGCCUCGCCGUCUGGAGUACACCCGUGAGAAAGAGGGCGAGCUCUUCAGCUCUCUCAUGGCCAUCGCCAACCGCAAACAAGAGGAGAUGAAGGAGAUGAUCAUCAAGACUCUGAGCAGCAUGAAGGAGCAACUGCUGGAGGACGCCGCUAAUCUACAGUUCACAGAUAUCAUCAUGUCGUCUAACGGUGAUCCGGUGACUUCUAAAGACAUCAAGGUGUGUAUUAAUCAGAUUCAGGACCUGAUUGUGAACGGACUCAAUCAGGCCGUGGCUAAUAAACUCACCAGUUCAGUGAAUAUACUGCGAGAGAGUUUCGUGGGAACGCUGGAGAGAUGUCUCGCCAGUCUGGAGAAAUCCACCUCAGAGUCUUGUGUACACAACGUCACGUCCAACCACCUCAAACAGAUUCUGAACGCUGCGUAUCAUGUGGAGGUGACGUUUCAGUCGGGUUCUUCUGUCACAUGGAUGUUCUGGGAACAGAUUAAACAGAUCAUUCACAGGAUAUCGUGGGUGAAUCCUCCCUCCAUCACUCCGGAGUGGAAGCGUAAAGUGGCUCAGGACGCCAUCGAGAGUCUCAGCGCCGCUAAACUGUCCAAGAGCAUCUGUUCCCAGUUCAGAACACGCCUCAACAGCUCACAUGAAGCGUUCGCCGCCUCGCUCAGACAGCUGGAGGAGGGGCACACGGGUCGUUUGGAGCGCACUGAAGAUCUGUGGCUGCGGGUGAGGAAAGAUCACGCCCCACGACUCGCCCGCCUGUCACUGGAGAGCCGAUCGCUCCGAGAUAUCCUGCUGCACGGGAAGCCGAAGCUGGGCCGUGAGCUGGGGCGAGGGCAGUAUGGGGUGGUGUAUCUGUGUGAUAAUUGGGGCGGUCAUCACCCCUGUGCGCUCAAAUCUGUGGUUCCUCCUGAUGACAAACACUGGAACGACCUGGCGCUGGAGUUUCACUACACACGGUCUCUGCCCAAACACGAGCGGCUGGUGAAUCUUCACGGGUCAGUUAUUGAUCACUCUUAUGCCGGCGGCUCCAGUAUCGCAGUUCUGUUGAUCAUGGAGCGGUUACAUCGAGACCUCUACACCGGACUGAAGGCCGGGCUCUGUCUGAAGGAGAGGUUACAGAUCGCUCUGGACGUGGUGGAGGGAAUCCGGUUCCUGCACGGUCAGGGUCUCCUGCACCGAGACAUCAAACUCAAGAACGUUCUGCUGGACAAACAGAACCGGGCCAAAAUCACCGAUCUGGGCUUCUGCAAACCCGAGGCCAUGAUGUCGGGCAGUAUAGUGGGCACUCCCAUUCACAUGGCACCAGAACUGUUUACAGGAAAGUACGAUAACUCUGUGGACGUGUACGCCUUCGGGAUUCUCUUCUGGUAUCUCUGCACCGGAUCUGUCAAACUUCCAGAAGCGUUUGAGAAAUGUUCCAGUAAAGACCAUCUGUGGACCAACGUCAAGAAAGGCUCGCGGCCGGAGCGUUUGCCAACGUUCGACGAGGAAUGCUGGCAGCUCAUGGAAGCAUGCUGGAACGGCGACCCUUCCCAGCGGCCCCUGCUCGGGAUCGUACAGCCCAGUCUGCAGCGCAUCAUGGACCGUCUGUGUGACAACUCCGACCAAAAGAGUGCAAACCUCGAAGACUCAAACUGAAGCGCACACGCACCUGUAGUGAAAAAGCACCUAUUUCGCAUGUAGAAAAAACAGACAGAUGUUUCUUUGAGCAACCGUGAACAAACAUGAUCAUGCACGCCACAUUUACUAAAGCGAACAAGUUCUGCUGCUUCUCAUAGAGCUCCUCUAGACGUGACCGAUUUUACUAGUCCUUGAAUUGUGUGUUGUAGAUUAAUUGAAACGUUCAUUUUUAAAUGGUGUUUAAACUGGUUUAGUUAUCUUGUGAUUUACUUUUUCUUUUUUUUUAAUAAAAUAUUUUGGACCGCUGGACUGAAUUUAUUGAAUUUAU